CACGUUAAUGUACUUUUUAUAUUUCUAAUUGUAUAAAAAUAGUAAUUCAAGAUGGUUGUAAUAGGAAAGAAGAAGUAUAAGUCCGGCGAGGGAUCACAAUUUAUGUCGAGGAAAGCUGCUUUAAAAAAACUGCAGCUUACGUUAAAUGACUUCCGCAAACUGUGCAUAAUAAAAGGUAUUUACCCAAGAGAACCACGUAACCGUAAAAGAGCACAAAAAGGAGAACCUGGCAUUAAAACAUUAUAUCACAAAAAAGAUAUUCAAUUUUUGAUGCAUGAACCAAUAAUAUGGAAAAUAAGAGAUUUCAAGGUAUUUAACAGAAAAGUUAGCAGAGCCAGAAGUUUAAGAGAAUUUUCAGAAAUGAGAAGAUAUUUAAGGAAUCAUCCUACUUUAACGUUAGAUCACAUUGUGAAAGAACGUUAUCCAACAUUCAUUGAUGCACUCAGAGAUCUGGAUGAUUGUUUGACUUUGUGUUUCUUGUUCAGCACAUUCCCAUCUCUCAAUCGCAUACCAAGAGAUCAAUCUAUGUUGUGUAGAAGAUUGACAGUUGAAUUUUUAAAUGCUGUAAUUGUUGCUAAAGCUUUACGUAAUGUUUUUGUUUCCAUUAAAGGAUAUUAUUAUCAAGCAGAAAUUAAAGGUGAAACAAUAACAUGGAUUGUACCGCAUCAUUUUAGUUUUGAACCUCAAUCAAAGCACGAUGUAGAUUUCAGAAUUAUGUCUACAUUUGUGGAAUUUUAUAUUAUAAUGUUAGGCUUUGUUAAUUAUAGGCUUUAUAAUAACCUUAAUUUGUAUUAUCCUCCAAAACUUACUACCAGUGACAAUAGUGAAAAAGUACUUGUGGAUGAAGAAGCAUAUGUAUCAGAAAGGAUAGCUGCAUUAAAUGUACCAUUAGUAAAUAUGGAUCCCUCAGUGCAAAGCCCAGAAGAUGAAGAACUGGAGAUGGAUCAGUUUACAAAUGAAGGUGAUGCUCAAAAAUUGGAAGAAGCCAGGAAAGAAGCAGAAAAAGUUAAAAAAUUGAAAACCCUUUUUAAAGGUUUAAAAGUGUUUUUAAACAGAGAAGUACCAAGGGAGCCUUUAGUUUUUAUUUUACGUUGUUUUGGAGCUGAAGUAUCUUGGGAUAAGUUGCUCUUUGUCGGAGCAACAUUCGACGAAAACGAUGAAACGAUCACGCAUCAUAUAGUAGACAGACCUAGUAUGGAUAAACAAUACAUUUCUAGGUAUUAUGUGCAACCACAAUGGGUUUUCGAUUCUGCGAAUGCCAGAGAAUUAUUGCCUGUAGAAAAAUACUUAAUAGGUUGUAUGCUUCCGCCGCAUCUUUCACCAUUCACGAACAGUCAACUUGAUCAGACAUAUAUUCCACCAGAGGAGCGUGCUCUUACGGAUCCUUCAUUUAAAUUAAACGAUGAAGAAGACGAGUCUGAAGAAGGAUCAGAAAAUGAGAACGAAGAGGAAGAGGAAGAAGGUGAAUCGGAGGAAGAAAAUUCAGAUUUGGGCGAGGAUAUUAAGAAAGAAAUAGACGACGAAGAAGAUGGUAUAGAAAUGUCAAAGGAUGAGAAACAGAAGCAAAAAGAGCGAUUGAAAAAGAAAAAAGAGAUGAAAGUAAAAACUGGUGCGGUGACGAAAGAAGAUCCAGGGGAGAAGAAGCGACAGGAGAUGCAAGAGUACCGACUACGGGAACGAAUGAUCAAGAGGAAACAUCGGAAUCUGUACAGGAGCAUGAUGGAAAGUCGCAAGCACAGAGCCAAGGAAAUAUGGCUUCUACGCAAGAAGAGGCGCGUACAUGACGCCACUGAGAAGAAG